AUGGGCUUGAUCUCGCCGCUGAGUGGGAACGACAGGCUGCUCGGCUCGGGCCUUGCUCCUGCCUCUGGGCGCUUUUCAGCAACUUUGGAGGAAAACGGUGAUGCCUUCGCCGAGCGCUUCAAGCAGCGCCGCAUCAAGCUGGGGGUGACCCAGGCCGACGUGGGCUCGGCUCUGGCCAACCUGAAGAUCCCGGGGGUGGGCUCCCUCAGCCAGAGCACCAUCUGCCGCUUCGAGUCCCUCACCCUCUCCCACAACAAUAUGAUCGCCCUCAAACCCAUCCUGCAGGCCUGGCUGGAGGAGGCCGAGGGCGCCCAGCGGGAAAAAAUGAACAAGCCCGAGCUCUUCAACGGGGGCGAGAAGAAGCGCAAGCGGACUUCCAUCGCCGCCCCAGAGAAGCGCUCACUGGAGGCGUACUUCGCCGUCCAGCCCCGGCCCUCCUCCGAGAAGAUCGCCGCCAUCGCCGAAAAACUGGACCUCAAGAAGAACGUGGUSCGCGUCUGGUUCUGCAACCAGCGCCAGAAGCAGAAGCGCAUGAAGUACUCGGCGGGCAUCUGA